AGGCGCGCUCUGGGAGGACGUGUGCACGCGCCUCGGUGCCCGCCCGCCGCGCCCAGUCAGUGGAAUUCAGCGUCCAGCCCGUACUAGGAGUAUCCCUGGCAGUGCGCGAAGGGCCCCGCCAUGUCUGCAGCCAUGAGGGAGAGGUUCGACCGCUUCUUGCACGAGAAGAACUGCAUGACUGAUGUCCUGGCCAAGCUCGAGGCCAAGACCGGAGUAAACCGGAGCUUCAUCGCGCUCGGUGUGAUCGGGCUGCUGGCCUUGUACCUAGUGUUCGGUUAUGGAGCCUCUCUUCUCUGCAACCUGAUAGGUUUUGGAUACCCAGCCUACAUCUCAAUGAAAGCCAUAGAGAGUCCCAACAAAGAUGAUGAUACUCAGUGGCUGACCUACUGGGUUGUGUAUGGUGUAUUCAGCAUUGCGGAGUUCUUCUCAGAUCUCUUCCUGUCAUGGUUCCCCUUCUACUACAUGCUGAAGUGUGGCUUCCUGUUGUGGUGCAUGGCCCCAAGCCCUUCCAAUGGGGCUGAACUGCUGUACAGGCGCAUCAUCCGUCCUAUCUUCCUGAAGCAUGAGUCCCAGGUAGACAGUGUGGUGAAGGACGUGAAAGACAAAGCCAAAGAGACUGCAGAUGCCAUCACCAAAGAAGUCAAGAAAGCUACAGUGAAUUUACUGGGUGAAGAAAAGAAAGGCAGCUAGACCCUGGCUGGAUAGAGCUGCCUGCCCUCUGAACCUUCCCCUGGAGCUCCACAUUAUGUGAGGAACUGUGUCAGAACCAUUUAAUAAUGUUGCCUUGGAAACGGUUUUGAUAUAAAUGGAAUGUGUUGGAAGUUGUUUUGCUUACUUUUGCAGUUUAUAUACAUAGGGAACAUUUUAAUUUAAAUUUAAUGCAGUGGGCAAUAUCUGCAAUUUUGAAAAUAUUUUGCCUCUGAGUAGGAAAAGGCAGAUGUGUUACUAUCCUACAGGAAAUAUAAACAGAUUAAGAUUCUGUAUCCUGUGGGGUCUAUGCUUCACUGGGUUCACGCUGCAUGUAUUUCUCAAACUUACAUUUAGGAAAUCUUUGUGGUUCUACCUUAUAUAAUUCUUAAAUGUUUUAAUGUGUAUGUACUAUAAAGGGCAGUGUUGUUAUUUGGCUAUACCAUGCAUGAUGCCUGUGAGGAAGGGCCAAGAGAAGGUUUAUAUGCAGCUUAUAACUUCUGUACAGUUAGAUCACCUGCUAAAUGCUGAGGGUAUUGUUCUGCUGGUAUGAGCUGCUAGUAACAUUUCAGUAAAUUAAUACAAAUGAGUAAAAUUCACAUGAACACAGUGAGAAAUGAAGUUGAAGGGAAGUUGGCCUUGCUGUCUCCUAACAUAGUAUGCUGACUACCAGGACAGCUUUGUAGAGCAGUUGGCCACUCUGGUGAUAAUUGGGGAAAUUUACAGACACACAGUGAUCUAUAGCUCCUCAUUCUCUAUAGACAUAGUAAUAUUUCCUUGCCUGCUUUCAUCUGUCUGUUUUGGAGAUGCUGAAUGUGAACCAUUCCUAUUUUGCCUUCAAAGCUGAGUAAUAUGUGGCCUUGGACUCUCCCUCUGACCCCCAUAUUCUUUCAGUUUAAGGAACCUAUGAAGACAUGCCCACUGCUGAUUACAUAUAUGAUGUCUUCACUGUUUUUCAUUUGUUUGAGACAAGAUUUCAUGUAGCCCAGGCUGAACUUGAACUCAUUAUAUAAUUGAGUAUGACUUUGAACUCCAGAUCCUCCUGCUUUCACCUCCUCAGUGCUGGGAUUCUAGAUUUGUGUUACCACCCCUGGCUUAUUCACAUGCUUGCUUAUACUAUUCGCAGCAGCAUGGAUGGCACCCAGCUCUAACAGUGGCUCUGGGAGAGUGAAAGGAAGUAAGAUACAGCCCGUGGUCAGGUCGGCAGUGGCUAAGGAAAGCUGCUUUCACCUUUCACCCCUUUCUCUAGCUUGUGAGGCCAAACUCAAGACGUCUCCCUAGUUUGCAAGUCAGAAUUAUUUGUAUUCCACUUAAAUACCUUCAUUUCAAGUUUAUAUGAAUGCCUGCAGCUUGAUGAGUCAAAGAGGUCUGGAUCUGAAAACCUAAACUUUGUAUCACUCUGUAUAUCAUACAUCAACUUUACAUCCUUUGAAUUAGACUAAAGUAGAUUAAAACAACUGUCUAGCAAAAUUAACAUUAAAUAUUUUAAGACAAACAAUAAUGAGCUCUCCUUCAGAUGAUUGAGAUCAUGAUGACAGAAAAUAUUAAAAAGAUAAAGAUAAAGGACACUAUCACCCUAAUAUAAUAAUACGGGCCAUAGUAAUUGUUUUUUUCUGGGAAUAAUUGUGAUUAUUAGGUAUCAUUACUUAAAGAAAAAAAGGUUCUAGAAAAUAAGUAGAAUUGUUAUUGGGAGAAAACCAGUUGUUAGGUUGAAAAAAAAAAAAGUGUCCCUAAAAGUAUUUAUUUCCAUUUUCCAUAAGGAAAAGCACACCUUUCUUGUUGUCAGAAUAGCCACUUCUAGUGUAUAGAAUGUGUUAUCAGAUUAUCAAUAUAUAAAUGUUAUUUGACAUGAUGGGGAGGCAGUCAUGUUGUUCAUACUUAAAGCUUAAUGCCAGUGCCAGCUACUAUAGUAAAAUAGAUUCUAAAAUGCAAUUUUCUUGUUGCUUUAAUACCACAGCUUUCUCUUACAGUGCAUUCUGCAAGAAAUUUGUUGCUUCUUUCAGCAUUCAAAGUGUAUGUUACUAGCAGAAGUUAUGAACUGGAUUCUGUUUAUAAUUCCCAAAUAAAAUAUCAUCAUGACUUAAAA